CAGCUAGCAGAUUGAGCUUUCUCAUUUUGGGUUUUUGUAGGGAAACACAUAAAAGCUAGCUAUAGGUUUUAAUUUGGCAUUGCUGCUAUUUAAUUAGCAACCAAAGCAAAUUAUAAAUUGCUAGCAACAUGGGUGUUUCUCUUCUAACAUCACCAUCAUUUCUAGGAACUUUUCUUCUCUCAUUCAUCACCUUAUGCCUCCAUCCCAACCCUGCACUAGCCGUCACUAGACACUAUGAAUUUAAUAUCAUGUUGCAAAAUGUGACACGCCUUUGCCACAGCAAGAGCAUGGUAACAGUUAACGGUCAGUUCCCUGGACCUCGCAUUAUGGCUAGGGAGGGUGAUCGUCUUCUCAUUAAAGUGGUUAACAAUGUCCAAAACAAUAUCUCCAUUCAUUGGCAUGGAAUUCGGCAGCUUAGAAGUGGAUGGGCUGACGGACCAGCAUACAUAGCCCAGUGCCCUAUACAAACUGGACAAAGCUAUGUAUAUAACUACACCAUUAUAGGACAAAGAGGCACCCUUUGGUGGCAUGCUCAUAUUUCAUGGCUAAGAUCAACUCUUUAUGGUCCCUUAAUCAUUUUACCAAAGCAUGGUGUCCCUUAUCCAUUUGCCAAACCUUACAAGGAAGUGUCAAUCGUUUUUGGAGAGUGGUUCAAUGCUGAUACAGAGGCAGUGAUCAAGCAAGCACUGCAAACAGGUGGAGGACCAAAUGUCUCUGAUGCCUAUACUAUCAAUGGAUUGCCAGGGCCAUUGUAUAACUGCUCUGCAAAGGAUACUUUCAGGCUGAAGGUAAAGCUUGGAAAGACCUAUCUUCUCCGGAUAAUCAAUGCAGCGCUUAACGAUGAGCUCUUCUUUAGUAUAGCAAAUCACACAAUGAAAGUAGUUGAAGUUGAUGCUGUUUAUGUAAAACCUUUUGAUACUAAGACCAUUCUCAUUUCUCCAGGGCAAACUACUAACGUUCUUCUAAAGACCAAACUUCACUACCCAAAUGCCACAUUUUUAAUGACCGCUAGACCGUACGUAACUGGUCAAGGCACUUUCGACAAUUCAACAGUUGCCGGAAUUUUAGAAUAUGAACCAUCACAAAAGACCCAUCAUUCCUUAUCAAUAAACAAGCUUCAAUUCUUUAAACCAAAAUUGCCAGUUCUUAAUGACACUUCAUUUGCUACAAAAUUUUCAAGUCAACUUCGUAGCUUGGAUAGUGCAGAAUUCCCUGCUAAUGUUCCCCAAAAGGUUGAUAAACAAUUUUUCUUCACAGUAGGACUUGGAACAAGCCCCUGCCCCAAAAAUCAAACCUGUCAAGGACCAAAUGGCACAAUGUUUGCAGCGUCGGUUAAUAAUGUAUCAUUUGACAUGCCAGAUAUAGCUCUACUUCAAGCUCACUUUUCUGGUCAGUCAAACGGGGUUUACAAUCCUAAUUUUCCAAGCAGUCCAUUAUUUCCAUUUAAUUAUACAGGCAACCCGCCAAAUAAUACAAUGGUUAGUAGUGGAACAAAGGUUGUAGUGCUUCCUUUCAAUACUAGCGUAGAGCUUAUCAUGCAGGACACAAGCAUUCUUGGAGCUGAAAGCCAUCCGCUGCACUUGCAUGGAUUUAAUUUCUUCGUGGUCGGCCAAGGCUUUGGGAACUUUGAUCGAAAUAAGGAUCCUACAAAAUUCAAUCUUGUUGACCCUGUUGAAAGGAAUACAGUUGGUGUACCCUCUGGUGGUUGGGUUGCUGUACGAUUCCUUGCAGACAACCCAGGUGUAUGGUUCAUGCAUUGUCAUCUAGAAGUCCACACAAGCUGGGGACUGAAGAUGGCUUGGGUGGUGCUGGACGGAAAACUUCCAAAUCAGAAGUUGCUUCCUCCGCCGGCUGAUCUUCCCAAAUGUUGACAUUCUUCUAAAUGAAAUCCAGAUCAGGAGCUACUCCCUUCCUUCAUGAGAUCAUCCAUAUUUAUUAUUCUUUUUUUUUUUUUGUUGCUUCUGUUCUUUAUAAUUGAGUUUUCAAUUUUUCUUUUUUUUUUUUUUUAUUGGCAAAAUUUGAUGAUUAUUUUGACUACCCUUUGGGGUUGAGAAAGAAAAAGAUUGAAAAAUUCUAAUUUUUUUGUUUCCUUGUGUGAAGGGCCUCAAU